AUGCCUUCUAGUGGUGUCAAAAUUGCAUCAUCCCUAGCGAAAGAAGCCCAAGACGACAUCAACUUGCGAGCGAACACAACAUGGGAACAAACAAGCAACAACAAAAAAAUACAUCAUCAGCAACAAUCAUGUAGCCCUUUGAAGCCUCCACGUCCUUCAUCUUCUGAAUCCGUUGCUGUGAUCAAGGAUCCGUUCUUGUCCUUGCAUCCUAUAAAAUUGAAAAUUGAAACACAGAGUCUUUGGGAACGAGAUUCUUCAACGAGUCAGUGCCGAGUCGUCAUGAAUUGGCUGACAACAUUUGAUUGUUUUUCCGUUUCAGCAACAGCAAACAAUAUUGUUCCCGAAAGAACAACAAUUACAUUGGACAAACACUCUUCACCAGUUUCUCAUAAAAAUCCACAACAUUAUCGGUUAAAUGAUGUCAAUUUGUACAAAAUUUUAUGUGAGAUUGAUGAUGAUUUUUAUCAUGCUCUGAAUGAGUUCAUUGAUGUUGAUAGCGAAAAUAUGAAUAGUAUUUCUGUAAUAUUCUUGUACAAAUGUAUGGCAUUACUGACCUGUUUCUUUCAAAGCAAGUACGAUAUUUGGAUUGAUUUGAAAGAAUUUACAAGUAGUUCCUAUCAAUUGUUGCAAGAUAUUCAUGGAUGCAACCAUGAAGACUUAGAAAUCAAACUGAAGGAACAGCUAUUGAAAUUUCUUCAAUAUCUAGUAUGCACUGUAUUCAUAUCCAAAAAUAAUGAAAAAUUAGUGAAUAGAAUUUUAACGUUGGAUUUUUUUGCUCAAAAAGAGCUUGCUCAAAUGGUCAAGGAGGUGAUGGAAGGUCCAAGAAAUGAGUGUCAACAUUCUUUUAAUGAUGUUCACAUUCUUUUCGAACUUGUACGUCACGCUGUCAACAACCGAUAUUGUACACUUCAAAAAACCAUCUUUCUCAAUGAACAAAUUAUUGAGAAACAGCAUCAAGAGUCUGUGCGAAUGUAUUUGGAAAAUGUAAAUUUACAAAAAGCAAAUCAAUAUUUGAGAAGUAAUCUGGAGGAAGUUGUAAUGAAUUUUAGCAUGGAACGAACUAACCUUUUGGAAAAGCUCGGUCAUUUAGAAUCACAAUUCGAAGAAUAUCAUGUUUUUAAGAAAGCAUACGAAAAAUAUGACCUUAUUUCUCAAGAAAACUUGAAACUCAAGCGACAACUCAACGACCUUACUUUGGAAAUACACAAGAUACGAGAAGAGAGUUCUAAACAGCCGUUCAAAACUGAAACACCUAAUUCCAAAAGGCACGUCAACAGAAAUAAUCUCUCACCUAUGAACGAAGAUUCAUUGUUGACAGCAACUGACAACAAUCCAGUGGUCGACUAUUUCGAAGAAGAAAUGCGAGAACUAACAAGUGCCAUACAACAAAUGAACCUGGAAAUGAAUCAGAAAGACAGCAAAAUUGAUGCACUUGUAAAUGAAAACAAACACUUGAAGGUAUUAGCUGCAAAUUAUCAGAAUAAUAACCAUGCGAUACAACCAAGUCUUGGUCACGCCUCAGCAUUGCCAAAUGUUGAAACUCAUUCCUGUAUAAGCCUGUAUGAUGAUUUGAAAUGUAUUAUUGAGGAAAGGCAAACCCAAACACUGCAAGUACAGCAAAAACAACCUCCUCCAGAACCAAUUCUAAAGAUCAACAUGUCCACCCAAACUCCAAGAAUUCCUACAAUCUACACACAUUCACAAUUCACAUCCACCAAAGAUUUAAUUUCUACCAAAGACUUUAACAUUCAACUCAACGACAGUGAUUUGUUAUCAAGACCUUCGCCCGCAGAUAUUUGUUUGAAUUCUCCUUCUCCACCAAUUCCGUCACAACUUGCCAUCAUUUCAAACCAUUUAGCACAAGCAAAUACAGCAAUACUUGCUGACAGAUUUAAGGACUUCUCCACUUCGGAAGCAAUUCAUGCAGCUAAACUUGAAAAAUCUCAAAACCGUAAAAUCAGAAUGAACAAGAGUGCGAUGACACCUGCCAAAUCAAAAAAGACAUUAUCAGACUUGACCACAAAAUCAUCCUCUUCACCCAUCAUGGUACAAUCAAAUGCCUACGUUGAUCCAAAGAGUUUGCCUUACUUUGACAAUCAGUACCGAGUUUUUAUUCAAGAGCAUUCUUAUGAACGUUUUCGUUGA